GACAUGAUCUGGAGCACGGAGCGCAGCCGGCACUCACACACCGGAUAGGAAGCGGUGGGACACGAUGGUGUAGCCGGCGGAACAGAAAAACGCAUGCAAAGGGAGUUUUUGGUCCGGGGCCAGCUGUGAAGGGCACCGUGGUUUCUGUGUGAUGGUGCGCUUCUCUCUCCAAAGGUGGAUUCGAUGACUUAAUUUCAAGAGAAACCAAGGGAAAAGAGAGGGAAGCUGCUCACCUGAAGAAGAAUCGUCUUAAUGGAUCAUCUGUGCUAUAUUUUGGAGACCUGAUAGGUUUCUUUCUCACCACGCGUCUCUCUCUGUUGACAGAAGUGACAUUUCCCACAGCAGCAGCAUCACAUUCUCUGCACACAUCGUGCUACUUUCACAAGUGACUCAGGGGAUAGUGAAGAAACAUUGUUUUUUAAAGUGAUAAGAAGACAUUUAACGUCCCACAUGAACAUUAUGUGAAAAAUACAGGAUUGGAAAUGCGUCGCAAAUGCUUCGGUCUGCUUGAGGUGUGUGCUAUCAUGAGCCUGCUGCCUUCAGGCUCUUUGGAGAAUCUGACAUGUGAAGCCCUGCUCAUGCUGUCCGGGAAUGUCUCAUUACAGUCGCUGGCCGCCUCCUGGAACCAGACCUUGAGCAACGCCACAAGCCAGUGGAGCGGCCCGGGGCCCUCCUGUGACACCUCCAUCGAUGGCAUCGGCACCUGCUGGCCCCGAAGCAGCGCGGGCCAGAUGGUGUCACGACCCUGUCCCGAGUGGUUCUACGGUGUCAGAUACAACACCACCAGUAAGUCUUCAUUGUCAUCUCCUGCCAGAAAAACAGAAAAACAAUAG